AAUCUUAUCUUACAAUAAUUGGCCAAGAAAUGAUGAUAUGUAGGCUAACAGCUGAUUUGUUAUCAGAGUCUGUAGUGUUGUACUUUGAACAGUUUUUAUUUACCAAUUUGCAUUUGCAAUUAUUUUGAAAAACGUGAGAUGAUUUCAUAAAAAUGGAUUUUCGAAAUGCACGAGCACGGCAACCAGAAGUAGUGCGUUCAGUACAAAAAGAUUUGAGAUAUACAAAUGAGCUGACAGAAGAUUUGUCCGAUUUAUUACGUCUGACCGGUGCUAGAAAUUGGAUAAAAUAUAAUCAACUUUGCAAACUCCUAGCCGAGAUAACAUAUCAUGGAUUUGCAUCUGUCAGUAAUCUCCAAACACUUGGAGAAGAGUAUGUUGGUAUUAUUAAGGUGGAUUCAAAGUACAAACAUAUACCAACGCGAUUUGUGCAGUUAAUAGCUAUAAUACUGGAGUUCGGUGGUGAAACCUUAUAUAUACAUCUGCUACAAAAAUUAGAGGUCUACAUUGAGCAACAAGAAAAUAUCUUACCAGAUGCGAAGAAGAAAUUAAUUUCCUGUAUUCAACUUAUGCAGCACUCGCCAAAUUACAUAAAGGCUUUGCACAAGUCUCUAUUCUAUCUACACUCCGAUAAAUAUCAAAUAUCGAAACGUGCAACAGGAAUAAAUUAUGUACUAAUAAGACAUUGGAUACAGCCAGAAUUUUCUUUGUUUGGUUAUAAAAUACUCGGCGUUAUAACCUUUCUACAAGUGUCAAUUUCUUUUCUUAUUAGUGCAUUUGAAAUGUGGAAGGAACAUAGAAGAAAACAGUAUGCUACUUUGGAAAGAAAAUCAUCGAAAACAAUUAUUAAACAUGAAACUGAAGUUGAAUCAGUAACAAAAGCACCACAAUGUGUUCUGUGCUUGGAACCACGAACGAACACUAGCUUGACGCCUUGCGGUCAUUUAUUUUGCUGGACGUGUAUUCUAGAGUGGUUGGAUGAACGUGAUGAAUGUCCUGUUUGUAGAGAGACUGUUAAGAAAUCUAAUGUUAUCCAAUUACAGAACUUUUUAUAGUUAUAAGUUAUUGAGUCAAUAGGUAUACAGCAUAAAAUAUUUUUUAUAUUCUAUUUCUUGGAAAUUCGGUAUU